CUUCCUGUUCCUCUCACCGCCUGCUCCUUUUGUGAUAGCAUUAUCAGCACGUGACACCCCUUUCACCAUCUCCCAACCAAUCUAUAUCGCGCCAGUGAACCAUCCCAGCCUAAAGAAGGCCUUCACUGUUUCGGCCAUGUCUGUGGACAUUCCAGGCCAAGCCCCAGACGUGCAACUCCUCAUCAAUGAGGCGAAAUCGCUUGUGUCCCAACUCUAUGAUCCGGGGAAUACUGGGAACCCCGCCAAGAUCAAAGCUAUCCAGGAACACCUGCAGAGUCUCCAAAAAUGCCCUCAGGCGUGGCUGAUUGCCAAUCAUCUUCUUAGCGAUGGCAACACAGACCUGAGGUUCUUCGGUGCCUUAACUUUCACAGUCAAAAUCAAUCAGGAUUGGCAAAGUCUAAGCUCCGAGGAGGCCCAGGAGCUCCUGGGGCGGCUGAUAGAGCAUUAUGUCUUCUUGGUGAAUGGGGGUGAGCGACCUCUGGUCAUACGGAAGUUAGCUUCAAGCCUGGCAACAAUUUUUCUGAAACCGAACGCCCCCUGGACCCGAGCACUCUGUAACUUAGCAGCGUCUCUGGCAGGCGGGAAGCAUGUUUCUGAAGAGUACUGCAAGUCUAUUGCUCUGCGGGAUGCUGUGCUCCCGGCUAUGUCCGAGCGCCAGGUAACCUCGCUGCUGUAUUUCUCCAACAUUCUCGCCGAGGAAAUCCACAGGUGGAGCUCCGAGCCAAGACGGAGCAGAGAGGAGCACCACAUAUACGCGAACGUCAAGGAUGCCUUUGUGCUUAUUGAUUUUGUACUUGGUCAUAUUAUGCAGCAGCACGCCUCCGGAAUUCCCAUCUCAGAUGAGGUCCUUGGAAGCGAAGUCAUAAAUUCAUAUCAGGCAUGGAUGAAUGUACGGAGUGCAAUCCAGCUGCGUGACUCGUUGUCCGCCUUGGACUUGGCUUCUACGACGACCUACAUUAUUCAGAGUAUGAAGGUUCCUGGACUUUCCAAGUCCGCAACGCAAGUCGUGGUCGAGUUAAUAGACUGGCGGGAUAGUAUUUUCACUCAACAUCAUCUCACUACCAUCAUGGACUAUGUCGUCAGUGACCUUGGAGCUGCACAUGUCGCGUCUCUGCUUGAGGCUGAUUUUGAGGAUGAAAAUAUGACAUUCUUGGAGCUUCUUUUGGCAUAUGCGACAUUGAAGCAAAGAGAUCUUUUAACAAAGCAAUUGGACUCACCGCAUGCGAAGAUGCUCUCCCUCCUUCACACGCUGUUCAAAGCUCCUGGCUAUGCGGCGGUGGAUGACCCUGCAUCCCCGCUGGUUCUGGAAUGGUGGACAGAAGUCGCCGACGAUCUUCAGGAUACAUACUUCAAUUCAAAAGAUCAGACAGGACUGGAGCCUGCCAAACAUAAUUUGGCACAGGCGGCUCUGGACUGUUUCGAGAAACUCAAAUAUCCCACCCCGGAAGAGCUACAAGGCUGGGGUGACGAUGAUCGUAGCGAGUUCGGGGCGUUCCGACGGGAUGUGUGCGACUUCCUUUUAGCCAUCUAUCCUAUGCUCGGGGUAGAACUUGUCCGAGUUUUCCAAGAACAAGCUAGACUGUCACUGAUACAGCAGGAAUGGCGCACAUUCGAGGCUGCAAUUUUUUGCAUUGCCCAGCUUUCGGAGGCUGUCGAUGAGAAUCAACACGCUGAUGAGUGCCUGAAUUCGAUAUUUUUCUGUGACGAGUUCGCUCGCUUAUGUGAGGGCAAUGGAGUGGUAAUCCCAGAUAAACCACGGCAAACAUUGGUGGAUAUGCUGGGAAAGUACCAGUCAUACUUCGAACGCACGCAUGCUCUGCUGCCCCGAGUCCUUACAUUCCUGUUCGCGUCUCUUGAGGUUGGCUCAUGCGCACCGACAGCAUCCAAAUCGAUUGCACAUCUUUGUAAAUCGUGCCGCAAUGCUCUUACCUCGGAACUUCCAGCGUUUAUUGACCAGUUUGAGCAUUUUCGCUUCAAGCCCACGGCCACCGCCCACACCAUGGAGAAAGUGUUGGAGGGAAUCGCCGCCAUCAUACAGACCUUGCCUACGGAUGAAGCGAGGUCACAAAUUCUUGAGCGAAUUCUCAGGUUCUUCCAUGGACAGGCAGAGGCGGCCCGUGAUGAGGCUGUUCACGGUCUGGUGGAGCAGGCUCAAAUCCGUGGCCAGUUUGUGUUGCGUUGCGUUGCAAGUAUCGGGAAAGGUCUGAGAACCGACGGUGAAGUUAACUUGGACUCGAAUGAUCAUGGGGACGGUGACCCGUACCCCCCGACGUUCUGGAAUACUGGCAGCGGUGUCGUAUCUCAGAACUUGAUCAUGCAGUGCAUGCAGCUGCUCAUAACCGAUUUCCCAGUGGAUGUGACCGUAAUCGAAGCCGCCUGUGACAUAUUGAAGGCAGGCUACACAGAGAGGACUGGGCCAUAUGUCUUCCCACCGAUGAUGACCGUUAAUUUUGUCAAAAGCAUACCUUUAGGCAGUGCUGGGACUGAUAUGGUGAUGGGCACGGCUUCAGCGUUCCUUGCGUCUCAUAGCGUACACCCUCAGCGAAUUCGUGACGAGACGGUCGCCUUGAUAGCACAUGUGUAUGACACAUUCUGCUGGAUGCACGAGAAGCCCGACUACUAUGAUCCAGAAGUGGCCAAUAGCGGCAUCGACUUUCUUACACGCUUGCUCCCCAAAUACCACCCCUUCCUGUUUGCGCUCACGACGACGCCGCCGGACGCUGGCCAGGUGGCCUCGGCUAAUGGCAGUGGUUUUCAGAGACCGGCAGUUCUUGAUGCCGUUCUAAAUUUCACCCUCCUUUCGUUGCAGGGUCCCGAACCACUUCCUCUGCGCUCGGCCUCCCAGUUCUGGGUGAGUGUGCUGAACCUUCCGAGCGACAGCGGGUCUAUCCAAACUGCCAUUCUGCAGUGUCUUCCUGCCCUGUGUCGCAUUUUGAUGAAUCAGGUAGCCGGUCGGUGUGCCCGGUCGGACCUCGAACAUCUUUGUGAAGUGCUUCGGAAGGUCAUCUUCAGACAGCAAGGGGCAGCGCGCCCACACCUGGCUGCGGCCCUGGCCGAGCUAGGCGGGACUGACAAUUCCAGUCAGCAACAGGGCCUGUCGACCUCACCCGAGGACAGGCAACGCUUCCUUGCGUCCCUGUUGGCUGCAAGGGGUGCCAGAGCGCAGACCAGUCAGUUGACGCGCACGUUCUGGGUCAAGUGUCGGGGAGUGAGCUUCGACUACGUUGGGUAGAUGAUGGGGGUAAACGGGCGGCAAAUUUAUGACGGAAUUGGGGCAGAAGAGAACGAAAUAUACUGAAGUCGCUAGCAUUGGAUCCCUCCGAGUAAAAAGAAGUAUAGUAUAGGUCCAAAGUGAGGCUGUAACGGAGACAACGCAACGAGCCGCGACCGGGGACGACUACGGAGUACAGCGCUGGCUAUGCAUGAGUGAGUUCCCAUAGGCUUAAGGCAAUGACUGAUGCAGUUGCUUUAGCUCCCAACGGCAUGAGUCGUGUGUGAGUUGUUGUGUGCUGUGAGACGACUGUGAGCUGGUCAGUUGUCGAUCCGGCUGGGCGCCGGGCCUUCAGCCACUGGGGCGGUGCAGCGUCGGCCCUAAGUGAGCAUCCCUGAUCCCUCGGUUUCAGGUCUGGGUCGCCUCGAUUUUUCGCCUGCUGGGCGCUGCUAAAUUAGGGGGAUCGGCUAUGAAGACUGAAGACUAAUGCUGUGGGGCCUUGCCC